ACCUCCUCCAGGAGAGGAAGGUUGUAAAUAGUCCAGGCCUCUUCCUGUUCGCCUCUGCUUUACAAGCCUUUGCAAACCGGAGGCGUUGAUACAAAUAUAUGCUGAAAAUUGCAACUCUCUAUCUAUUGCAACUCUCUAUCUGUUUGCAGGCAGUCCUCAGGUGGCUCCAAAAGGGGAGAAAAAGCUGUGCCUGUACAAACAAGUAGAGCCAUCCAUUUGUUUACAAUCUGAAUUUCGCCAGGAAUUAAAAGCAACCGUUGAGGCGCCUUCCUCUCCCCAUCUUGUGGAAUGUUUCAUUUAGUCGUGAUGUAAAUACAAGACCCCACACCCAGUUUGUUGGGCGUACUUUCUCCAAGUGCUGCCAAGGGUUGGAACAGAGCUGAGGAAUCAUUGUUGUUAUUUGUUGUCAAGUUGACUUUGACUUACGGCGACUCUGUGAAUGAGAGACUGCUCCGAGCCAUCAAGUCUUGCAAACUCAGGGUUGUGUAUUCCUUGUUUGAAUCCAUCCAUCUGUAAUGCGGUAUUCCGCUUCUCCUGUUGCCUUCCACCUUGCCCAGCGUUAUCGCCUUUUACAACAAAUCGUGUUGUCUCGUGAUACAUCCAAAGUGUGACAGCCUCAGAUUAGUAGUCUCAGCUUCUAGGGAGCUCUCAGACCUCUUUUGUUUUGCCCAUUGCGUGCCACAUAAUGUCCACGGAGCAGAAUGAUGGGUUGGCUCUGGACCUCCAGUUGCGCAGAGGGCUCAAUCGAGGCAAUCCAGCAAUUAAAAUGGAAGACGUGGAGCCAGCAAUGGCGUUUGAGGGCCCGAAGGGCAGCCACGAAACUGUCCAAAGGGGGACUGACGGACCGGGUCUGGGGUGGAGUGGGAUCCAGCACAUAAAACAAGAACCGGAGGACGGGAUGUCGCCGUCCCAGCACUGGGAAGCCCAAUGGCAGCAGUUUUUGGGGGGCGUUCAGUCCCCUCUCUCAUUGUGGGGGGGCAGACCACCCCCCGGGGUCCUAUCAUGGGGGGACACCAAGGUCCCCAUGCCUCAUUUUGAGGGUAUGGCCACAACUAGUCAGCAGAUGCGGGAAAGGCAGUUUCUCCAGCCACCACUGCCAACUUUUGACCGAGAGUCUCAGCCUGAUCCGGAGCAGAGGAAGGUCAAGGAGGAGAUGGACCACGAGGAGGCGGUGGGCACGGAGCCGCCCUGUCGACGCUUCCGGCAAUUCCUCUACCAGGAGGCCGAGGGGCCCCGGGCGGCUUGCGGGCACCUCUGGGACCUUUGCCACCGGUGGCUGAAGCCAGAGAGGCACUCGAAGGAAGAGAUCCUGGAGCUGGUGAUCUUGGAGCAGUUCCUCGCCAUCCUGCCCCAAGGCAUGGAGAGCUGGGUGCGGGAGUGCCAUCCCCACACCUGCGCCCAAGCGGUGGCUCUGGCAGAGGAUUUCCUACUAAGGCACCCGGAGGAUGGCAGGCAGGAUCAGAAGGAUCCAGGGAUGUUCCAUGUGGUGACUGUGAAUUUUCCUGACACUGAGCCCGUCUCUUCGAACAGUGCGCACAGGCAACUUGGCAGACCAGUCAAGGAAGAAGUCACGGAGGAUGGCCACUCUGUGGUCAAUGGUCCAAUGACUGGACAUGAAGAGCUUAACAAAUGGAAGAAUUCCCCAGGAAUGGAGCCCCACGAGUUGUCAUCGGUGGAAAGAAUGGAUGCUGUUGGUGGGACGUUGAAUAAGGGAGGUGCCCAUGAAGGCCAGAAGACGCCAAGGGGUCUGCAAGAAAACAGCCCAGAAGGAAGCGAAGGAGCUGCAACGGCGGAGAAGCAGUCGCUGUGCUCCAAUUGUGGGGGAUCUGUCAACCAGGCUCCGCGUCGCCUCAGCCGAGAGGAGAUGAACCCCUUCAAAUGCUCCGUGUGCGACAAAAGCUUUGGGGAAGUGGCCAAGCUGAUCGCCCACGAGCGGCUCCACACGGUCGACUGGCCCUACAAAUGCUCCUUCUGCGGGAAGAGCUUCAACCGGAGCUCGGAAGUCUCCCGGCACGAGCGGAUCCACACGGGGGAGAAGCCCUUCAAGUGCACCACCUGCGAGAAGUGCUUCAGCCAGCGGUCCAAGCUGGUCGUCCACGAGCGCUUCCACACGGGGGAGAAGCCCCACACCUGCUCCUACUGCGGGCGCUGCUUCCACCAGCGGUCGGACCUGGUUAAGCACGAGCGCAUCCACACGGGGGAGAAGCCCUACAAGUGCUCUGACUGCGGGGGCAGCUUCCACCGGAGCUCGGACCUGGUCAAGCACAAGUGGAUCCACACCGGGGAGCGGCCCUACAAGUGCUCCACCUGCGAGAAGAGCUUCCGCCAGCGCUCGGCCCUGCUCUACCACGAGCGGACCCACACGGGGGAGAAGCCCUACACCUGCACCACCUGCGGGAAGGGCUUCAGCUGCAAGGCCCACCUCGUGCUCCACAAGAGGACCCACACGGGGGAGAAGCCCUACAAGUGCAACUUCUGCGGGAAGAGCUUCACCACCAGCUCAUAUUUCGUGAAGCACCAGCGGAUGCACCUGGGCCAGGAACCAUUGCCAGUUCACUGAAAGGAAACGCACGAGCAUCAGGACUGCAUGAACAAUGGCUGGGAAAAUGAGCGGCACGUUCCUCCAUGUUUGCAAGCCGCACUGAGUCCCCCUCUCGGGGUGAGAAGAGCGGGAUAGAAAUAUAGUAAAUAAAUAGUAAAUAAAUACUUUAUAUGGGGAGGGAAAUCUCUGCAACUAGAAGACUGAUCAGUAGACAUGUGCAUUCAUCCGUUUCGUGUCCUGGCUUUCGGUGCCCCCC